CAUAAAUCGUCGGUAAUAUAGAACGCAGAACAGAAAUGGUAGUGACUCCACCGAACCGUUGGUAAGAAAUCCCGUAGGAUAACGUUGUUUGUAUCGUAUCCUAUGCUGUGUGCAGAAACGAUCAGCUAAGUGAAAUAAGAAACACUAUUAAUACUAAGAAAAAAGUAAUGCACAAUGUCUCCUGACCCAACACAACAACCAAUUGAGGAAUCUUUAAAUGCACCAAAUGGACAAUUUGAUGUCAGAACUAUAAAUGAAUCGGACAGUGAUGAUGAUGAUGUUGGAAUGUCAGGAUAUGAACCCUUGUCUCAAGUACCUGUAGAUAAUGAUACAAUGUUAUUUGAUGAUGAGGACGAUGAAUGGGUAUCUAAUAAUGGUGAAUCUAGUCAAACAGUACCCUUACCGACAUUAGAAUCACGUCAUGAUUCUUUAUCUGAAACAAUUGAGGUUUGGUCAUCACCGCAUAAUCGAUCAAACAUAGACAUGGAUGCAGAUAAGAUCAACCAAGUGAAAUCUAUGAUGGCAUCUUUUACUUUACCAACUACAGCUAUUCCUGAAUGGGCAAAUACUAUAUCCGAAGAUCAGUGGAAAGAACAACUAAUUGGACGCAUUAAGGAAAUGCAAAAUAGGGAAAAAUAAGUUUAAAUAUUUGAAUCAAAAUGUUUAUAUGAGAAUGUAUAUGUGAUUUAUUGUAAGCUUAGACAUUAAUUUUUCUUCAUUUCUUCUGUCUUCAAGUUACAAAUUUAAAUAACUCAUUAAUAUAAAUGAGAUGCCAUUAUUUUAUUUUUAUAGCGGAUCUUAUUUAAAAUGUAUUUUUUUAAAUUAAUUUCUUUAAAAAUGAUUAUCGAUUUUAAUUAAUUAUGGUUGUCAAACACAAUCAUGUUUUUGUAAAUUAUAAGAUUCUUCUCGACAGGGAAUCGAAUCUGCGAAUUCGUUUAUACAUAUUUCCCUAAGUACUCAAAAUUAAACUUUUGCUUAAAAAUAUGUCCUCGAUCAUACGCAAAGAUUAUUUAUUUACUUAAAUAAUAUUUAUUUUCUGGCAUAUAAGUAACUUAAUAAAUUUAGAAAAAAGUUUCUUAGUUUACAUUAACAAAUGUAACAGAAAAAAAAUAUUAAUUAAUUUCAACAA